UCUGUUUCCCGGAGCGUAUUUAGCUGCUUAUAUUAGUGGAAUCGGAUUUAUCUUGUAGCCCAACUGCUCGCUUCUCUCUUCGGGCCGUUAGGAGCCGUUCUUCGGGGUCAGGGUUCAGUUAACCGGCCGGAAGUUCAGCUAAAUCUGGAGAAUCGCUGAUCGGCUCAGAGAAACUCCUGAAAUGUCUUCUGGAGAAGACAGAGCCAAGGAAAUACUGAAGGGCUUCAGACUAAACUGGAUGAAUCUGCGCGAUGCAGAGACUGGGAAGGUGCUGUGGCAGGGAACCGAGGACCUGUCGGUGCCAGGCGUGGAGCAUGAAGCCCGUGUACCAAAGAAGAUCCUGAAGUGCAAAGCCGUUUCCAGGGAGCUGAACUUCUCGUCUGCUGAGCAGCUGGAGAAGUUCCGUCUGGAGCAGAAGGUGUUCUUCAAAGGACAGUGUCUAGAAGAAUGGUUCUUUGAGUUCGGCUUCGUCAUCCCAAACUCCACCAACACGUGGCAGUCCCUGAUAGAAGCGGCGCCAGAGUCCCAGAUGAUGCCCGCCAACGUUUUAACGGGCAACGUCAUCAUAGAGACCAAGUUCUUCGACAACGACCUUCACGUCAGCACUUCCAGGGUCCGGCUGUUCUACAUCUGACCCUCCAGCCUGCUGACGUCCUGCCAACAAACAAACGUCCAGGGUUAGCUGCAGGUCCACGGCCGCCCCGGAUCUCCAGCUGCCUCCACCAGCUCUCUCCCAUGUAGACCUCAGCUGGUCUGUGAUCCCAGCUCAGGAAUAGAUGUCCAUGUUUCCUCAGGAACGCAGAGAACAUAGCCGUCCCCGUUCUAGUCCAGCCUGGGCUCCAGCCUGGGCUCCGACCUGGUUCCACCUAGAUCAGACUCUAGCUUCAGGUCCAGUAGAGCAGAUCUACUGGUUCUGAACUGGGUGGAGCUGGGCUGGAUGCCGGAUAACCGGGCUUGGUUCUGGAGCUUCUGAUGGGUUAGCGGUUCUGAUGGCGGUAGUGGGCGGGACGUUCACCAGCAGACCACUAGUUAUCUCUGCUCCUUGGCUUCCAGGUCAAAGGUUAACUUCUUCCUUCCUGACGUAGACGAUGCGGCGACCUUUUUGGAUCUAGCUUUGUGUGUCAUUAAUGUGGUGACUGCAGCCCGGUUCUGUCGCUGCGGCUAGUUUGGACCUUCGGACCCGUGUUUGUUUCUUUAGCCUCUGAAGGACUGGUGUAAAAUAGCCGUGUGUUUUAAUCUGACUGGAUUAAAAUGCUCCCAUGUUGGAAUAA